UCUGACUUCUCUCCCCAUCUCGCACAUUGGAGGAGCUUUCUUCAGCAUUCCUCAUUCUUGCUCUCUUCAGCCUUCCUCAUUCCUGCUCGCCUCUCUGUCCUUCCGCCUCUUCAUCUCUCCUUUCCCCUCCCUCUUCGUUCCCCCUUUUCUCCCUCCCUCUCUGUCCCCUCAUUUCCUUUCGGCAGCCCGCCGGCCACUCUGGCACCAUGCUCCGGCUCCUCAGGCUGCUGUUGCUGCUGCUGCCUCCCCCAGGGUCCCCUGAGCCCCCCGGCCUGGCCCCCGUGUCCCCGGGAGCGCCGCCGCAGGCCCCCGACUUGCUCUACGCGGACGGGCUGCGCGCCUACUCGGCCGGGGCUUGGGCGCCCGCCGUGGCGCUGCUGCGGGAGGCGCUGCGGAGCUGGGCGGAGCUGGGCCGCGCGCGGCUGGACUGCAGGGCUAGCUGUGCGGCCGAGCCUGGCGCCGCUCUUCCAGCCGUGCUGCUUGGCGCCCCGAGCCCCGACUUGGGGCCAGGACCGGCUCGGGGGUCCUGGGAGCGGCUGCUCCUCCGCGCCGCUCUCCGCCGCGCCGAGUGCCUGACCCAGUGCGCCGCGCGGAGGCUAGGCCCCGGGGGCGCAGCGCGGCUUCGCGUGGGGAGCGCGCUCCGGGACGCCUUCCGCCGUCGGGAGCCCUACAACUACCUUCAGGGGGCCUACUACAAGCUGAAGAAGCUGGACCUGGCUGCAGCUGCAGCACACACCUUCUUUGUAGCAAACCCAACACACCUGCAGAUGCGGGAGGACAUGGCUAAGUACAGACGAAUGCCUGGGGUUCAGCCCCAGAGCUUCCGGGACCUGGAGACGCCUCCACAUUGGGCAGCCUAUGACACUGGGCUGGAGUUACUGAGGCACCAGGAAGCAGGACUGGCACUGCCCAGGCUAGAGGAAGCCCUGCAAGGGAGCCUGGCUCAGAUGGAGAGUUGCCGGGCAGGCUGUGAGGGCCCCGAGGAGCAGCAGGGGGCAAGAGAGGAGGAGGAAGGGGCUGGGAGCCAAGGGGGCCUCUACGAGGCCAUUGCAGGACAUUGGAUUCGGGUCCUACAGUGCCGACAGCGCUGCGUGGGAGAAAUGGCCACACGUCCUGGUCGAAGCUUCCCUGUCCCUGAUUUCCUUCCCAGCCAGCUGAGGUGGCUGCACGAAGCCUAUGCUCAGGUUGGCAAUCUAUCCCAGGCUGUGGAAAAUGUCUUGAGUGUCCUGCUCUUCUAUCCGGAGGAGGAGGCUGCCAAGAGUGCUCUGAACAAGUACCAGGCCCAGAUAGGAGAGCCAAGACCUGGCCUUGGGCCAAGAGAGGACAUCCAGCACUUCUUCCUUCGGUCCCUGGGGGAGAAGAGGCAGCUCUACUAUGCCAUGGAGCACCUGGGGACCAACUUCACAGAUCCUGAUCCCUGGACUCCUGCAGCUCUCAUCCCUGAGGCACUUAGAGAGAAGCUAAGAGAGGAUCAAGAGAAGAGGCCUUGGGACCAUGAGCCUCCUCAGCCAAAGCCCAUGACCUACUGGAAAGAUGUCCUCCUCCUAGAGGGAGUGACCUUGACCCAGGAUGCCAGGCAAUUGAACGGGUCAGAACGGGCAGUGUUGGAUGGGCUGCUCACCCCAGCCGAGUGUGGGGUGCUGCUGCAGCUUGCCAAGGAUGCAGCUGGGGCUGGAGCCAGAUCUGGCUAUCGUGGUCGCCGCUCCCCUCAUACCCCCCAUGAACGCUUCGAGGGGCUCACAGUGCUCAAGGCUGUGCAGCUGGCCCGGGCUGGGACGGUUGGCAGUCAGGGCGCAAAGCUGCUUCUGGAGGUGAGCGAGCGCGUGCGAACUGUGACACAGGCCUACUUCUCCCCUGAACGGCCCUUGCAUCUUUCCUUUACCCACCUGGUAUGCCGUAGUGCCAUAGAAGGAGAGCAAGAGCAGCGCAUGGACCUGAGUCACCCAGUGCACGCAGACAACUGUGUCCUGGACCCUGAUACCGGAGAGUGCUGGCGGGAGCCCCCAGCCUAUACCUAUCGAGACUACAGUGGACUCCUCUACCUCAAUGAUGACUUCCAGGGUGGGGACCUGUUCUUCACAGAGCCCAACGCCCUCACUGUCACGGCCCAGGUGCGUCCUCGCUGUGGACGCCUCGUGGCUUUUAGUUCCGGUGGGGAAAAUCCCCAUGGUGUGUGGGCUGUGACACGGGGACGGCGCUGCGCCCUGGCACUGUGGCACACAUGGGCACCUGAACACAGGGAGCAGGAAUGGACAGAAGCCAAAGAGUUACUGCGGGAGUCAGAGGAGGAAGAGGAAUCAGAGGAAGAGGAAGAUGAGGAAAUGCCCAGCAAAGAUCCUUCCCCAGAACCUCCAAGCCAUAGGCUUCAGCGAGUCCAAGAAAAGGCUGGAAAGCCAGCUCGGAUCCGGGAGGAGCUAUGAAUGGCUGAACCAGCUUCUUGAAGAUGUGGCCACUUGACUUGUGAAAUGCCAUCUUGAUGGCAGGACCUAUAAGAAGUCCCCACGUGUUAACCGGGCGUUGUGGUGGGUGCCUGUAGUCCCAGCUACUUGGGAGGCUGAGGCAAGAGAAUAGCUUAAGCCCAAGAGCUUGAAGUUGCUGUGAGCUAUGACAGCACAGGAGCACUCUACUGAGGGCGACAUAGUAACACUCUGUCUCAAAAAAAAAAAGAAGUCCCUAUGUGACAUCCAGAGCAGAAUGGCAAGCUCUCUGUCUCUAAAUCCUACUAUUCUUUGACUCAGAGGAUACUGCAUAAGAUAGCCUAGAGCAGUGGUUCUCAACCUUCCUAAGGCCAUGACCCUUUAAUACAGUUCCUCAUGUUGUGGUGACCCCCAACCAUAAAAUUAUUUUCAUACACUUGUAUUUGUACAGGGUGUAUGUGAUGGUUUUAGGCGACCCCUGUGAAAGGGUCAUUCCACCCCAAAGGGCUCAUGACCCACAGGUUGAGAACCGCUGGCCUAGAGUUUCCCAGGCUCAAGCUGAUGGACCCGCAACCCCAGGACAGAGAACACUGUACCUUCCCAAAAAGAAAUGGCAGGGUUGGGGGGCUGAUGCUUUAAAUGAGGAGAAUGAGCAGGGAGGCCUACUGCCUUUCUCCAGCCUGUGUAAUAAAGAUUGUGAAGAUCCCUUAGCCAGGA